GGGAGGUUAUCGGGGUAGGGGAUGUUAUCGGGGUAGAUACGGUUUCCUAUAAAACGAGGGACCAAUCGUACCCAAAAUCAGUCUCAAAAAUAGGAAAAAAAAAACAUUGAAAACGGAUCAGCCGGCUCAGUCAUGGAAUAAGUUUCCAUUUCAAGGAGGGGAGACAGUUUAUACAUUAGGAGAAUCAAACACAGAAAGAGGGAAGAUGAGGAUUUAAGUGGGAAAGAGCAAAGAAGAAAGAUGGGGAUCAAACUCGGCCAGAAGAAAAGAGGUAUGUAUCUGUCUCUUAAACUCAAUUUGUGGACUUCCUUUAAUUCCUUAUUCCAUUGAUCUUAAUUUAUCAAAAACUUUGAUCAUAUCCCAAACCAUUUUCACUUGAUCUGUUCAUCAAUUUAAAUUUAAUGGGUUUACUGUCUGAAGUAGUAUUGCAUUUGAUGAAUGAAAUGAUUGGAUCAACUUUGUUCUCUGUCGUUCCAUUCUCUUGGCAACAAGCCAACAACAAUAUGAAAGAUAUAUGGACAAGUGGAAAGCUGGUGUUUACAAACACAGGUUCCAGACUUCAGGUAUGUGACUUUCUAUUAAAAUGUUAUUGGUCACUCUUAGGUGCCUGCAUUGGUGAUCAUAUUUUCUUUCAUUUCUUUGAAUGAUUUUGUAUUUUUCUUAUUUAAAUGUACUGGCUAAAUGGAUUAGUUCAUAGUAGUUGUUUAUUGAACUUAGACUCCUAAUAUGCGAGAUUGUUUUUAUUGUAAAAUGGAGACGGGCAAUGGUUCUUCACGGUAAGGUCUGGGAUUGAUUCUUCUACUUUCAGUUGCCUCUCAAGUCUCAAUUGAUUUGUGUUUCUCUUCUACAAUAUUUCAGUUAGAUUUUAGUUUUUGUUAUGAUGAUAUAUAUAUUUUUGUUUGCUUUGAUUGUUCCACUGAUUUUGGAGCUUACUGUUUCUGUCGAGAUAUCGCAUCAAUACUUUUUGUGGGUUCUGAUUUCUGAAUCAUGGUCCAAACUCCAAAGUGCAGUCAUGGAGAAAAAAGAACGUCAUAUGGGAAAAAUCAUGCAUAAAAGUGCGUCCUAUUGCAGAUAAUGGAAGCCUUAGCAGUUAGAACAAGCUCCAAUGGGAUGAGUUGCUCUCCCGUAAUUGCUGCUACUGCUCUAUCGUUUGAUAAGCAUGAAAAUAUUUUUUGGUGGUUGAGGAAAGAAUUACAAAUCUUCAAUUGUAUUCACUUGGUACUUUAAAUUGGAUUUUUUCUUUGUUCUUUUUUAGUGCCAAAAUUUAGUAAUAGGUGAAAUUUACUGGGUUUCAUUUAGAUAUUCCACAUUUUUUAUUACAGUUUCAUAGAAGUCUCAAUUAAAACACGAAUCACUACUAAAUUAUUUUCUGUUACUAAAAACUCCAGCUACCUAUUAACGUACUUCACAAAAGGAAAAGGAAAACUACAUAUUAACAACGUUUUCAUACGCGAGUAUCGUGAGUAUAAAAAUUAGUAUUAGAUAAAAAGUGUGAAUUUUAUAAACUUAAACUAAUGUUACGGGCUCCUCAGUUUAAGGAGCCGGAUCCGUACCAAACCAUAACCAGAAAAUAAAACCCAGUAACAAAAAGAAACGAAAUUUAAAACAAAAAAUGAUAACACUGGCUGCUCAAACUCUCUACGUCUCACUGUGCUUGACUCAUGGCUACUCCACCCACCACUCCCACCAUCACAUUAAAUCACUAGUAGUCACAACACCCACGCUUCCCUCAUCCCUCCACACAAUGCCAAUCAGAAGGAGACGAAACGACGCCGCUUCAUGGCGUUGUGCCGCGGCCGCGUCUGACUCGGUUCCACAACCGCCGCCGCCAACUCCGCCGGAAAAGCAAAGGGAAGGUUCGGAUUUGCAGACGCUGCUCCGGAGAUUCUGGAAGGUGGCGGCGCCGUACUGGUCCUCCGACGACAAGGUCCAGGCGAGGAUGCAGCUCGGCGGAGUGUUUCUUCUCACUCUCGCCACCACCGGAAUCAGCGUCGGCUUCAAUUUCCUCGGCCGUGACUUCUACAAUGCCCUCGCCAGUCACUCCCUCUUUCUGUAGUUUUGAGUAGUGAUGUGAAAUUGUGAUCAAGUAAAAAAAAAAAAAAUACUAGAUUUUUUGGUUGUGGAUUUUUGGUGAAAUUUGGUGAUGGUGAUGUGAAGAUAAGGACCAAGAGCAGUUCAUGAAGCAAUUGCUGUACUACCUGGGUGCCUUUGCUGGUGGAAUUCCGAUGAGCACCAAUCGCUGCUCUUUCGCUUAGAUGUAGGCACCUUUCAUGUUCAGUUCCAGUAUCCCUUCAACGUAUAUAUGGCUCAUGACUCUCGAGCAGUAGAAUGGGUGGACUUGGAAACUUAAAAAAGGGGCCGGGGUCGUUGAUGACUUAGGAUACCAUUCCUUUCAGACUUCAGUAUUUAAUGUUACUCGGUUUCAGAAUUUUAUACAUUUCCACAAGUUUGAACCAAAGUGUGUGUAAUCAUGGAUAGCUUCUGUGCGAAGAUAUUCAAGCCUACCAGCUCUGGCUUCCUCAUCAACAAUGUUGCUCGCUACUUGCUCUUUCUUUUGCUGGCAUCUUCAUACAUGCACGGUACUUCUCAAGUGUGUUUGGGAGAUGAACUUCCGAGUGGUGUGAGAUCAUCAUCAUGCAUCGAGGAAGAGGGACGAGCACUUCUCAGUUUCAAAGCAGAUGUUUAUGAUCCUUCCAGCAGGCUUUCAUCUUGGGUGGGUCUGGAUUGCUGUCGAUGGAAAGGGAUUUCAUGCAGCAACCGUACAGGUCACGUUGCAAAGAUGGACCUCCCAAACCCGAAUUACGAUCAAGAGAAUGGCUUCAAACGCUCCUCUGAAGGUUCCACUUGCUGCUCCAAGUGAGUCCCUUCCUGAAAGACCUGGAGCGCCAGAUUGUCCAUACUUUCUGAAAACUCAAAGAUGCAAGUUUGGUCUUAAAUGCAAGUUUAAUCAUCCAAAGGACAAACUGGCUACUGCGGGUGCUUCGGAAAAUGGUGAUGUUAAUGCCCUACCUGAGAGGCCUUCUGAACCCCCAUGUGCAGUGAGAUAUCUAUCCCAUACUUUUGUAAUGUGUAUUAUCUAUCUAUAAAAUAUGUUGAUUUGGACCAAAAAAUAAAUCUACACAGUUCUACUUGAAAA